AUGGACGGGCCUCGAAGGAAGAGGCUCAAGCGACAGGCCGACUCCAUCAUCAUCCACUUUGACAAGGACUGCUUCUACGCCAGCGUUUUCGAGGCUGAAACUCCGUCGCUGCGAUCACGCCCGCUGGCUGUGCAACAGAAACAGAUCGUAGUCACAUGCAACUACGAGGCACGCCGCAGAGGCUUGCACAAGCUGCAACUCAUCAAGGAAGCGAAGAGAAUCUGCCCGGAUGUAGUCAUCGUGCUGGGUGAGGAUCUCACUCGGUUCAGAAACGCCUCCAAAGAGCUCUUCGCCCUUCUCAGGUCUUACUCUUGGAACGCUCGGUGUGAGCGGUUGGGCUUUGACGAGGUCUGGAUGGACGUGACUGAUGUGAUCGACUAUAAUUAUGCCAUUCUGAACCCGAACGACCUUACCAACUCGUUCUUCUGUCUCUCCAAAAAUGACCCUGAGGCGGGCUUUCCGAUUGAUGCCUCCACAGUGACUGGUUCGACGUAUCCAGCAACAUCGACUGAUUCUACGGGCGCCCUGUCGGAUUCGCUGCGGCUACGCCUGCAUCUAGCAUCACACUUGGCGGCGCAUCUGCGAGGAAAGCUUGAAUCGGAGAAAGGCUACACCUGUACGGUCGGCAUUUCCACCAACAAGUUGCUCUCCAAGCUCGUCGGUAACCUGCAUAAGCCCAACGGCCAGACAACCUUACUGCCGUCGUACACCUCUGAGGACGGGGACGAUGCUGUUACCUCCUUUAUAGACGGUCAUGAGGUUGGAAAGAUCCCGGGUAUCGGCUUCAAGCUUGCACAGAAAAUCCGUGCUCAUGUGCUGCAGAGGCCCGUCGACUUCGACGCUGGUCUCGUGUAUGGUGGGACUAAAGAGAAUGUGUUGGUAGGAGACGUGAGAAAGUACCCCGGCAUGGGUGCAGAAGCGCUUGAACAGAUCCUUGGAGGUCCAGGUACCCCGCAUGGCAUCGGCGCUAAGAUAUGGGGGUUGUUGAACGGGUGUGACGACACGGAAGUCGGGCAGGCGCGCGAAGUUCCCAAGCAAAUCAGCAUCGAGGAUAGUUAUACCCGCCUUGAUUCUCUAGAUGAAGUGAUUAAGGAGCUGCGAAUGCUGGCCAAGAGCUUGCUCAGGAGGAUGCACGCAGACUUGCUCGAAGCCGAUGAAGACGUUCGGACGCCUGAGGACGAUGUCGACAGCGCGGCAAUCGCUCCGAAACGUUGGCAAGCCUUUCCGAAGACUAUCCGCCUCUCGACCCGUCCGAGGCCCCCACAGAAUGCGGACGGCAGACGUAACCGCUCCUUCGCGCGCAUCUCUCGUUCAGCACCAAUGCCAAACUUCGUGUUCAAUUUCAAAGAGAGCGUUGACGCUUUGUCAGAGCGCCUGGUAACAGAGACUUUGGUUCCAUUGUUCCGCAAACUACAUCCUGAGAAGAGCGGCUGGAACCUGAGCCUGGUCAAUGUUGCAGCUACAAACAUGGUGGAUGCGGCUAGCGAGAAGGCCGGCGUGGGUAGAGAUAUCGGGAAGAUGUUUAAGCGCCAGGAUGACGUGCUGAAGCAGUGGAGGGUCGAGGAACCGAGUGACACCGUAGGAGGCUCCGAAGACGUGCCGACGCCGUCGCAAGAAGACAACUUCGCCACGCACGACCGCUGGGAAUCUGAAGACGAAGACAUGCUAGAUGACGAGUCGUACCGAUGCGAAGAGUGUGGAGCAGUGAUGCCCCUCUUUGCGAUGGGCGCUCAUGCCCGCUGGCAUCAGAAUUAG